CUUGGUAUUGGUUAGGAUAAGGGUAUGUUGUUGUUGUUGUUGUUAUUGCUGUAGUCCUGCGAAUUAACUGUUUAAUAUAUGUAAGAAAGUUUUCUAGUCACUCCUUGGAAUAUUUUUUUCCUUUUCUUCUGUGAUAAUUCUUUUCAUAUACUAAUACGUUCAACAUCAUUAUUCAUAACAUCCAGUUAUCGUUAUAUGGAUGUGAUUUGUACAAUAUUUUAUUUCCGGCACAUAUACGAUAUCAUAAUAAUACUGAAUAUUAACCUAAAGUUACAGUCAACAAUUAUAUAUCUCAUUCUAUUCAGUAUUACAACCACCAUGUUAGCACUACACACUAAAAGAAUACCUUGCACAAGCAUUAAAACAGGCUGCGCUUUAAAACAACAAACAGCAGAGUGAACAUAGUUACAGAUAUGGCAUGAACACGAGAACAGAGCAUGGACGCUAGACAAUCAUGUAUUCGCACACUGUCGCGCUUGUUCUCUUCAGCGUACUGGUAACACCACUGCGCACCGCGCGGAAUACCUGUUAAUACGACUGCGCAAAGGUUCCUGACGGAUAGUGAUGCGAUUUGUGGGUGGGUUGUCCAUGGCCCCGCGACUGAGUGGCAAGAUUUCGGUGGUGAGCCACAGCAGAUUUCUGACCUAGAUACAAAAGGUUGGACAAGAACUUCUUUUUCGUUGCUCUGAUAGUGCACUCUCUUCAAUAAUCACCAUAUCUCAUUAUACUCAUAUGACACGGACGUCGAAGGCAGCAUCGGUUGAGGGCAAACUCUGUGGGAGGUCAAGUGAAUGAUGAUGAUGAUAUGAUGGAGUUAUAAGGAGAGACUUUAUUCCUUUAUAAAACAUUCUUUCUCUAAAAAGAUGUUGCUGAGACUUACACUGGUCCUCAACUUUUUCUACUUCAGUCAGGCGAGCGCAGAUGAGUGUAAGUCAAAUUACGAAUUCACUUCCCUGAAUGAACACCACUUCCUCCACGUGGAUAGACCUGACUUCCUCACCUGGUUUAAGGCACUGGACGUCGACACAAACAUCACCUUUGAGACUAACACGUCGACUGGUGUUGUUCAUGUGCCCGACGGCCGGUGGUACAUGCUGGGUGUCAGGAUCUGUGGAGGAGAGGAGGCAAUUCUCCUUAAUAUACCCGGAUUAAGGUACAAGACAGUGUUAAACUCGCUCAUGACGAGAUCUUUUUGGAUAAAGACCAGUAGCGACGGGCGUGUGAUGUGGGCCAGUUGUAAUAUGACCCUUAUCGACACUCCUGGUGCUUUGAAAGAUCAACGCCCCGGAUGGAUCGUCAGUUUGUUAGUGAGUCUCCUUAGCGUUGCUGUGAUGGCCUACUUCGCGUGGCUGGUCGUCAGAUCGCGCCUCAGGACAGCCGUCGGCGAAAAACAAGUCGACAGCCUGGGAUACACUGAGCUACAAGGCAGAGUGGAGGCGGACUGACCUCACGUCCUCAGCAGAACGACAGUGAACAAGCACGAAACACGACAAGAGAAGCUGAAGAAGAAGAAGAAGAAGAAGAAGAAGAAGAAGAAGAAGAAGAAGAAGAAGAAAAAAAAAAGUUUCAUACGAUUAAUGAUUUACAUAUGUUUAUUCUUGUCAAAAACAUUCUUUUUCUUUAAAUGUAUGCUUUAAGAAUGGCCAUUCAUUGGGUACCUGAUUACUUCUUUGUUUCUAUUUGAAUUUUUUUUUACCGAGUAUAUAGAAAAUCGUCAUAUCUUUUUCUUUUAGUCUUUAGCUAAAGAUACGAAGCUAUGAAGAAACACAUACAAAAUACAAAUGAAACAUACUGAAUAUCUCCUGUAUAUAGUUUUCAAACUACUUCUACUACACUAAUAUUAACAGUAAAUUAGAA